AGGAACGUCCCGUAAAGUUCAAACACAACUUUAAAGGCACGUUUAUGUGUGUGACUGGUGUUUACGUGUCACCCGGAGAGACACCGCAAGAGUUGCACAAUAUACCUAAUAAAAUCCUUAUAAUGUCGUACUAGAAAAAGUGUCUCGGGGCCUUUCAAGGCCACUCAGCUGUGGCAGAACAUCAUUGCGGCUUUGCAGACACAGGUGGAGCACAGACCCCGCAGACAGCACCUGCGCAUCCACCACGACUGCUUCACUGGCUCUGAUGCUGUAGACGUGGUUCUGAGCCACCUCAUGCAGAACAUCUACUUCUCUUCCAGCGAGGUGUCCCGUCUCAAAGCUGCCAAGCUCUGCCAGGCCUUGAUGGAAUCUAGAGUGUUUGAACCUGUCGGGAUGAAGCUAUUUAGGAAAGAAAAGGAAAUGACAUUUGAGGAUUCCAGCUGCAGCCUCUAUCGCUUCUUGGAUAGCAGUGAUCCAUAUAGGAAAAGAUAUAAUGAGAAUCAGAACCCGGAUCAGCACACUGGAAAGAAGACCACUUCAAAGUUUGGAGAAAAGCACACCAUAUCCAACCCCUUUGUUCUUGGAUCAUCAGACAGAAGGGUGGAGAGACUACUGAAAAAUAUAAACCUACACCCAUCUGUUCCCUCUGAUCUAAAUCGUGCUGCGUUUUCAAAUGGUUUCCUGUCAAAAAAAGUGGUACAAGAGGUUUGGAAACAGCAGGCAUUACUUCAGCUGCUACAGGUGGUUGAGAUCCCCAUGCUGGACUGUAUUCUGACGUCCCCUGCCAAACCUGAGGCUUUGCGGUCAUCGCUGCGUAACCAUGGUGACCUGGUUAUCUCCAACACCUGUGUGGAUCGUGAAGUGUCAAAGAGUCUGAACCUGCCUGAAUUAGACUCUUGGCUGAUUGCAGCAGUCGAUUGUCUUGAGCUGUUCCCAGAUCAGUUAAUCGUGGUUGUCAGCGAGCAGCUCUUCCAACAGAACACAGCACCAGAGGAGGAGAAGUUUGGGGCACACAAGAAACUGCUGUUUGACACUAUCGCCAAGUAUUACAAUAGCCCAGAAAGACCGCCACUACUGUCUGGACGCUACACUGACAUCCAGGCUGGGAUCCUGCAUCUCAUAGGUUGUGGGAGAGGUGAAGAUUCCUUACGAGCAUCUCAACUGUUUUUGCACUUGGUGGAGCCCACAAGCAGGGACGAGUUAGGCAGACUUUUGGGUUUUAUGGCAGCUGCUACAGACAGUGAAGCUUUCAGACUGCACAAGCAGAUUGAGAACCGAGUAUUGGUAAGCAGGACGUUUGCAAAGGCUGUGAUCCAGAAUAAGGAGAUGGACCGUGUUCAGUGUGAGCAGCUAUUGCUGUUCUUCAUGGAUCAUUACAGACAACUCUUUAAGACACCAUCAUCAUUGUUCAAGGCUGUAACAGACACGCUACAAUCUCUGCAGCAAGGGAUGGAUCUAGAUAAUUUAGCACUGUUCACAUUCUGCCAGCUGGUGUCACUCCGGCAGUAUGAGGAAAACCGAGACAAGGACACUCUUGCCAGUUUGAAGCAGUUAAUGCACCAUAUCUCUCAGAGUGAUAGCCUGUCUGUCAAACAGAAGAGACGCCUGGCCAAGCAGUUUCAGAAGCAUCACCCGGGAGUCUUUCUCAGCACUUUUUCUCUUCAUUUUAGAAAUCAGCAAACACUGGAUAGACGGUUUGAUAGUUAGACUAUAGCAAGCUGUGUUAGAGGUUUUAUUCAUCCAGGUUAAAGAAAAAUGUCAAGUAUUGACACAGAGUAAUUUGUUUUUUCUUAGUUGAGGCCAUUUAAGUGACUUUAUUACUUGUAGAUUAGUAGGAAUAAAUCCUACAUAAUGUAGCGAUCCAAAGAGUAGAUCUUAAUUUUUAAACUACUGUAGUUGAAGUAGCAGCGCAUUGAACAAAAUCACGUUUCACUUUAUCUAGGUAAUUUCUUUAAGCUAAUUUGAAGAUGUUUAGAUAUUCAUAGUAUUAAGAAACUACCAAUCACUGCUGUACACUACAAGCAAUUUGGUAAAUAAGCUAUUUACAAAAAAUGUGCUCAGGUUUCUAAAGGCUUUUGGGGAUAGUUUUACUUGCACUUGAAAUAGAGUAAAAGUUAAACCUAUGCCUUAAAGGUAUAGAUUAAUUUUAUUCCUUGGAACAACUCUCGCUUAUUUACUUAUUAUUUACGUUUUUUAAUUCAAUGACUGGGCGCUUUUAAUGAAUAUUGACCUCAUAUUACAGUAUUUUGUAAGUGUAAUAUAUGAUAUUAAUGAUUUAAAAAGGGAUGAAGUGAAAUAGAUGAUAGGUGAAUGGAAUUUACAAAUGUAAGAAUGAUUUUACCUGCUGAAAUAGUAGUGUACGAAUUCACUGGAUUUGAUCUCAUUCACUGUGGUGAUACAUAUCAAUGAUAUAUAUUUGAUAUUUGAGUAAAAGAAUGAGUGAAUGAACUUGAACAUGCUUUAAUGGUACAGUGGACUAAUUAUGUAUUCAAAUGAAAGUAAUUGCUUUAGAUGUAGAUGCACUUUAAUUUUGCUACAUUUAAAACUCAUUAAAAUGAGUGACUUUGAAAAGCCUG